UCUCUGUGCGCAGGAACGUCUUCACACGUGUUUCCAGACGAACGUCUCCGGUGUUUUCAUCUCGCGGAGCGCCUGAGUUCUUCGAUUAAAUAGCGACGUUUCCCGACGGCAGCGGGUUUGUAUCAGUGACUGCGAUGGCGCAGAGGAAGAAGAAGCUGUUUAGGAGGAAGAAGAGAGAUCACGAGCUCCAGUCUGAUGAUGAAGAGUUUGAGGUGGCCGCAGAAGUCAGAGAUGACCAGGACACAUCCAGCAGAAGACUGCCUCGAUUCCCGGCUUCGUCCGACUGUGUUUCUGACGUGGAGCCGGACACCAGAGAGCUCGUCCGAGCCCAGAACAAGAAGAAGAAGAAGUCUGGCGGCUUCCAGUCCAUGGGUCUCAGUUACCCCGUGUAUAAAGGCGUCAUGAAGAAGGGCUAUAAAGUUCCCACACCCAUCCAGAGAAAGACGAUCCCGGUGAUUCUGGACGGGAAGGAUGUGGUGGCCAUGGCCCGGACAGGCAGCGGGAAGACGGCCGCUUUCCUCGUCCCCAUGUUUGAGAAGCUGAAGGCCCCGCAGGCGCAGACGGGGGCCCGGGCUCUGGUCCUCACGCCCACCAGAGAACUCGCCCUGCAGACCAUGAAGUUCACCAGAGAGCUGGGGAAGUUCACAGGCCUGAAAACGGCACUCAUUCUCGGUGGAGACAGCAUGGACGACCAGUUCGCUGCUCUUCACGAGAAUCCAGACAUCAUCAUUGGUACUCCUGGUCGUCUGAUGCACGUCAUCCAGGAGAUGAACCUGAAGCUGCAGGCCGUGGAGUAUGUGGUGUUCGAUGAAGCUGACAGGCUGUUUGAAAUGGGUUUUGCUGAGCAGCUUCAGGAGAUCAUCAGACGUCUUCCAGACACGCGGCAGACGCUGCUGUUCUCCGCCACACUGCCCAAAAUGAUCGUGGAGUUCGCCAGAGCCGGCCUCACAGAGCCGGUGCUCAUUCGUCUGGAUGUGGACACGAAACUGAGUGACCAGCUGAAGCUUUCAUUUUUCCACCUGCGGUUGGAUGAUAAACCAGCGCUUCUGCUGCAUCUCCUGAGAAACGUUGUGAAGCCGCAGGAACAGACGGUGGUGUUCGUAGCCACCAAACAUCACGUGGAGUAUCUCAAAGAGCUCCUGACGGUCGAGGGCAUUGAGUGCGCCUACAUCUACAGCGCUCUGGACCAGACGGCCCGCAAGAUCAACAUCGGCCGCUUUGUGCACCGCAAGGCCAUGGUGCUGGUGGUGACGGACGUGGCGGCCCGCGGCAUUGACAUCCCCCUGCUGGACAACGUCAUCAACUACAACUUCCCGUCCAAGCCCAAGCUCUUCCUGCACAGAGUCGGUCGUGUGGCUCGUGCCGGCAGAGGAGGAACCGCCUUCAGUCUGGUGUGUUCUGAUGAAGUGCCUUACCUCUAUGACCUUCAUCUGUUCCUGGGUCGACCCGUUCAGCUCGCCCACCUCGAACACACACCAGAUGCUGAUGGCGUGUUCGGCCGUGUUCCUCAGAGCAUCCUGGACGAUGAAGAGUCGCAGCUGCUGACGGCUCACGAGAACUCGCUGGAUCUCCAGAACCUCCGGCGCAUCUCUGAGAACGCUUACAAGCAGUACCUGAAGUCUCGGCCCAGCCCCGCAGCCGAGUCCAUCAAACGCACCAGAAACACCCAGCUGUCCUCCAUGGCUGUCCACCCUCUGCUGGGUUCUGGACUGGAGCCGAUGGAGCUGGACCGGCUGCUGAUGGUGGACUCCAUCAAGGGCUACAAGGCUAAAUCUACUAUCUUUGAAAUCAACUCCAACAACAAAAGCAGGGAGAGCCGGGGUGGUGAUGGGAGAGAGGUGAUGAGGAGAUGGUCUGCUGGUCGAGUUUUCUAAAGCGCGAGCGGAGCGGAUCGAGUUGCUGUUCCUGCCGUGACCAGAACCGAGGAGGAGCAGGAGGACGAGGAUCUUCAGACUGUGUUCUCAGAGGUGGUUGGAGGGAAAAGACGAAAGCAAAAUGAUGAAACGGACGGACCAAAGAGCAAAAAGAACAAAACAUCAGGAAAAGAUGAGGAGUUUUACAUCCCAUACAGACCCAAAGACUUCAACUCCGAGCGCGGGCUCAGUCUCGGUGGUGACGCCGGCUCUUUCGAGCAGCAGGCCUCUUCAGUGGUUCUGGACCUGAUGGGAGACGAGAGCAACACAUUAAACCAGAACAAGAGCCUGAUGAAAUGGGAUCGCAAGAGGAAGCGCUUCGUCCAAGACACGGGCAAAGAUGACAAAAACAAGAAAAUCAGGACAGAAAGUGGACAGGUGGUCACCAGCAAAAAGAGGAAGAAGAGCUUUUAUGAAGAAUGGAAGAAGAAGUAUAAGAUCGACGACAGAGCGUCAGACUCGGACGGAGAGACUGGAGGAGCGAACAGAGGGAGGAGCUUUGGCGGUCGCAGGGGACGAGGAGGAGCUCAGUCGCAGCCGGCCCAGCAGCAGAGCGGCUCACGCGUGAGAUCCGAGCUGAAGAACCGCGAGCAGAUCCUCAAGCAGCGCAAACGCAAAGCUAAGCAGCAGUUCCUGCAGGCUGGCGGCAUGAAGAAGCUCCGAGCCAAAGGAAGACAGCGCCUGCAUGAAGUCAUGAGAUCCGGCUUUGGUCGUGGCGGCUUCAAGAAAGGAAAGAUGAGGAAGAAACUUUAAGUGCCGAAUGAGUGAAGAGACUUAACGCUUCUACAGAAACAGUUUCAUCUGUGCAUCUCUUCUGCUGCUUUAAAGAGAUGUUUCAUAUUCACCUGAAGCUUUGUUGACAGCAGAAAAUAAUAAUAACACAAAAUAAUUUUGCCAUUUAAAAAAAAAAAAAAAGUUGUUUUUGUUUAAUUACUGCAAAAACCACAACAGUUACAGUAAGACAGUUACAAUGGAAGAAAAUGGGCCAGGAAGCCACCCUUUAUACCUGUUAACACAAGACCUGAGAGAUAAAAAUGUUAACUGAC